UUUUCCAUAACAAAAGCCUUAUCGGACCGGGCAUCGUGCCAUCCGUGUGCUCCAGUCCAGUCCAGUCCAGUCCAGUUCCGCUUCGUCCGCGGCGACGGCGACGCCCGUUCCCCAUGCCGCCGGCGCCGGCGCGGUGGCGGCGCGGGGCCCGCUCGCCCGUGCCCCCGCGUCUCCUCCAUCGAGCCCUCCUCGUGGCUGCCUUCUCCGCGGCGGCCCUCAUCCUACUCAUACUACUCCAGCACCACCACGGCCCUAAAGCCCCAAACACGUCGACCGCAUCCCGCUCUCGGGUCUUCUCCGACGAGCUCCCGGAGGACUCUCCCUCCGCGGAGCAGGAUCCGGGGGUCGGGGACGGGGCCACGUGCGCGACGGUUGAGAGGAUGGGGGAGAAGGCCGCGGGCGCGGGGCGGGGCUCGCCGGAGCAGGCCAGCCUGCGGGUCCGCGCGUUGAUCCGGCGCCACUUCGAGCUCCACGGAGCAGAAAGAGUGAGAACGCUUCCUGCCCAUGAAUUCUGCAAACAAGGCUUUGUGUUGGGGAAAGCAUCUGAAGCUGGAUUUGGCAAUGAAAUGUACAAGAUCUUAACAGCAGGAGCCUUGAGUGUCAUGUUAAAUCGAUCUUUAAUCAUCGGGCAAACCAGGGGAUUGUAUCCUUUCGGGGAGUACAUUUCUUAUACCAACCACUCGUUCACUAUUCAUGAAAUCAAACAUUUGUGGAGGAAACAUCACUGUGCUAGAACAUAUGGUCGAGAUCUGAAUAUAAGAGUGGACAUUUUUGAAAACCCACUUGAGACCAAUGUUCUGUGUAGUGACUGGAAUAGCUGGAAGGAUCCUAUUAUCUGGUUUGAUGGCACAACAGAUGCAGUUGGGAUUCAGUUUUUUCUGAAGAAUGUUCAUCCUAGAAUGAAGGCUGCUGCAUCGGCCCUUUUUGGAUUGCCAGAUUCAUUGGAUGCCAGGCCUAAUACAUUUGGUGAACUUAUGCGAGCUAUCAUAUCUCCAUCCGGUACAGUCAAAGCAGCAGUUAACUGGGCUUUGAAGGGUGUGAAUCCAGAUGUUGUUUUGCACAUGCGCAUGAUGGCAAAUAGGCCAGUCCGAGCAAGAAAAGCUGCAGUUCUUUGUAUUAAGAGAGCCCUACAGAUUUGCUGUAUGACGGGUACACCUCGAGUGGCAUUGGUCUCAGACACACCAGCAUUUGUGAAGGAGAUAAAGUCAGAAAUCAGUGAGUUUGCAGAGGUACUUUAUUUUGAUUACAAGUUGUUUACAAAGACUUCUGGUCUAGAGAUAGUUGGAAAUGAUAAGCCUUUGGAUUUUCGAUCAAGAGACUGGGGAUCAGCUCCAAGGUGGGUGGCAUUUGUUGAUUUCUUUCUAGCUGCACAGGCCAGAAACGCAGUAGUCACUGGAGCACAUCGUCGUGUGGGGACAACCUACGCUCAACUCAUUGCAGCAUUGGCUGCAGCAAACAGACAUGGCCAAGAGCCUUCAGGCACCAACUUCACGUUCUUAAGCAGUGUCCACAGCAACCUGCUGGUCGACGGGCUCUCGACGCAGGUCGGCUGGGGCCAUGUCUGGAACAGAUACGCCGGUCCUCUCAGCUGCCGGCGCCAGCCGCACCAAUGCGCCCUGACCCCGCUCCUCCCGCCCGCCUGGUGGGAUGGCCAGUGGCAGAGCCCCAUUUCCAGGGACGUCAGGAGGCUGGUGGAGUAUGGCGUUCGGCUGUCAAACACUGGGGAGGUGGACGAGAGGCGCCUUGCAGCGCACUGCCGGUCGAGGAAAGAUCACGUGAAGAGGUACCAUGUCCUCCCACCGUACAAGAACCCGGCAUGAUCGUAAGGGAGGUCUUGGAGAGGAGCUCACCAGUUUUGCAUUAACCGCUUAGAUGAGUGUAGGAUAGAGCGGUCAGGCAUUUUAAACUGGCCAUGUUGCUAAUCUCUGUGGCGGCGUCACUGAUGGUGCCGGUUUUGGUGAGGCUGUAGCGCAGGGGUUUUGCUGGUAGCAUCAUGCAUCGCAGAUUUGUAUGUAGUUCACCAGCUGUUUCUUUCAGCUUGGAAUUGGGCAAACUGGAGCAUUUGAAAAAAGCGUGCGUGCACAAAGCAGGAGAUA